CUAACCGAGAGCUGAUGGAGCCAGUUGAGAAAGGCAGGAGGCGAGCCCCUCCGGUUGCGCGUCAGCAUCCCCUCAAAUAGCAAUCCGCUGCUGUCACUUGUGCUCCACAAACACAGACGGACGACUACAACCCCGAAAUAAUAAUUAGAGGCGAUUUCAUCCGGCACGCUGCUACCCUUUUUUUUUUUUUCAUGUGAUGUCAAAGAAGAAGAGGUGAGGUGAGGCUGUGAGGAGGCUGCAGCUCUGCAAAGAAUGAUAGUGAGGACCAAGGCGCGCUGUCCCGGGAGAACUCAUCUGAAGAGCUGGCCCUGAGGGACCGGGAUGCUCCUCUAACGCACCUGGGGGCUAGUUUUUCUGUGCGAGACGGUCUGUGUGGCGGAGUUUGAGCUCGUGUGGCAGUGAGUGAGUGAGCGAGAGGGAGCGGGUGUCAUGGAUCUCGGUCAAGGGACAGAUGUCGACCCUACCUACCAAAACCUGCUGCUCUUGGGCGCCAUCGCGGCAGCAUCCGCCUUCGUGGUCACCAUCCUGAUCGUCCUCGUCUGUGUUGGCUGCCAAAGAAAAAGCAAGAGCAAGCACCCCCCAGCCGGAGAGAAAGGGACAUCUGUAAAUAUGCAGGGCACCCUUCGACAUCCAAAACUGAACUCCAUGAGCAAAUCUGACACCAGGCUGCAUGAGAUCAAUCGCUUUCCCUGCAAUGGAAACUCUGUUAGCAAAAGCCGCCCAGCCAGCAUGGACCUCCUGCUUCUCCACAGUCGACGCUCCCAGACAGACCUGAGGCCCUCCCAUGGGCGCCAGCUUCCCCAGAUCCCAACCAGUCCCCAGGGGUCUGGCCAGGGGGGAGGAGGGGAGUCAGCAGGCGAUGGGGGGGGAGGAGGAGGAGGAGGAGGUGGAGGAGGAGGAGGGGAGGCUAGAGACCACACCUACACUGAGGUGGGCAUACGGAACAACCCUACACCCACCCACCUCCUGGAUGACGGCCUGUAUGAAAGUGUAGGGGUCCGGGAAGGUGACACAGGCCCUAAGGUUCCCUCUGCCCCGCCAUCCACAUCCUGCAACAGCACCCCGGCUUCAGUCAGAGCUGCCCAAAGCCCCCCAGCUCAGGCCAACGGCGCUCGCAAUGGGAAUGGGCAUGGGAAUGGUGGCAGAGGGAACGGCAGAGGCAAUGGAACCAUAAAUGGACCGAUGACGGGAAGAAGCAACGGCGUGAGCGGGGUCAACAGGUCCCCUAUGUCUUCGGUGAACUCUCUGACCAGCCACGAGCCGACUGCAGCUGAGUACGCCUCCAUACGGAAGUUCAGAAAGGUUGAGAAGACAAACAGGAAGGAGAAUAACGGGGCCGACAGCCAGUCAGACAGCCAAUCGAGCGUGAGUGAUUCACCCUCUGCUGGUCCUCCUCCGCUGCACCGCAGUCAGGAGUUUCCACGGAAACCUCUGGAGCCGUUUCACCUUCACUCCUUCCCGAAGGAGGCAGUGUUCAUGGGCAACGGGGAGCAGUAUAUCUGGAAGCCUCCAGAGGAAGAUGACAUCAUCACCCUGCACCCACCUCCGCUUCGGGGAGAGAACGGACAGGGGCACCCUUCACCCCCAACUGCAAAGGAGAUUGCAGACACCUACUCCAUCGUGUGUAAAUCGCAGAAGAAAAAACCUCCAAUGGAAAACAAUGGAGCAAAGACCCUCCCCCGCUCCUUUGGUGGAGGUUCCCGCGGCCGAGGCCGAGGAGUCCAGAGCCAGGCGCGGUCCCAGGAGGAGCCCUGCUAUGAGCCCGUAGGAGACAGGUCCUGGUCCACGUGUGCGAUGGCUGAGUCUGACCCUGCAUACUCAACAAUCGACCCCCACCGGAAACGUGAGCAGGCGGGAACCAAUAACAGCACGACUGGGGGUAAUGCCACACUGAAGAGGAAGAAGCAGACACCACCGCAGCCACCGCAGCCACCGCCACUGCCGCAGCAGCAGCAGCAGCAGCAGCAGCAGGCGGCACCAGCGGCACCUCAGGGCUCAGGACCCCCAGCCCCGCCUGUGAAAGGCCUGCCCGGUGGGGAAAACUUCUAUGAGACCAUCAGCGACAUGAAACAAGGGGCCAACAGCUCCAGCACCACCACCAUAUUCACCUUCAAUGACGGGAUGGAGAUGUACGUCACUGGCCUGUAGCUGGCUCAGAGGGCCAACUGGUACAGAGUCAUGAAAGGGACCCUCCUGUUAACAAGCCAACAGGGUGCUGUACAUAAUUACCAGACCCUCCAUAGACAAACAACAUGGGGAUCCACUUUGUGAUGACAUCAGGUACUAACAGGGUCUUAAUCCAGGUUCAGACUUCCCUUCAUUGGUCUGUACUUCAGAACCAGCCUAAGUCUAGUCCAGCCCAAAUUUGGACCAAGUAUCUUUGAAAUUAAAAAAAGAAGAAAACUGGAAUAAGCAGUGCAACCUACUGUGUCACUGACAAUACUCACCUGUUUGUGCAUCAUUUUCCACAAUAUCUUUAUUUUUAUAUGAACACUGUACUCUUUGUAGAGUAUGUGGUGUAACUCACAAUCUUUCAUAUAUAUUUAAAAGAUGAAAUGUGCAUGCAUUGUGCUAACAUACACCUGAAAAAAAAAAACUGAAGUAGCAAGGAUCCUGGGUAUGUGAAGAGUAUGAGGCACACAGCUUUUGUCACCCAUAUACACACACACACACAUUCGCACACACAUUUGCACACACACUCACACAUAUAUGCCUCAUCUUUGGGGUACUUAUGUAAUAUAAGCAGAUGGAUGUCACAGAGAUUUGCGGUGCUUAGCUUUCCCUAGGCAAACAUCUGAAACAGGUUCUCUGUGCGCACUCGCCUGUUGCCUGGCAGACUGCAUUGUGGUGCUUUGUUCAAACAUUGGGCCGAGAAUAUGUAGGUCUGCUUAAACUCAGAAGUAAUCAGAGGCUAAAGUUCCUAUUUCAGAAAUAAUCAUCAAUGUGCACCAAACUUAUUAGCAGUCAUCAAUAACAGCCCCAAUGAAGACCGAGGUUAGAUCAAUGUUCUAAACUUCUCAUAAAUUAUGAGAUUAGUUAACAAUCCUUGUUCAGAUUUGACGAACAUCUGUAGCCAGAGGCAUGAUGACACACCCCAGCACUCCCACACACACACACACACACACACACACACACACACACACACACACACACACACACAUACUUAGAAGAGUCAUGCAGGGAAAAGCGACCAGGUCAGGGGCAGUGAGUGGGUUGUGCAAGAAUAUCACAGAGUGAUGCCGGUGAGAGAUUUCACAAUGUGAGACCUUUAGUUUAUUACGAUAUAAGAAUAUUAAUAUAAAUAUAGAAAUGAGAGAACAAUAUUUAAAAAAUUAAGGAAGUGAAAGAGCAUCUGGAGGCGUCAUCCUGUGUUUUUAAUAUUCCAUGUCCGAUGGGUGCUGCAAACAUCUGGUGUAAUGACCAUUAGAAUUUGCACUGUACAGCUGUAGGACCUGUUUAAUUGUGCAUUAAUAUGCUAUAGAGGGCAUUCCCCAGCACACUUCAAAUUUGCUCUCUGGUCUAAGUAAAAGCCAGAGCUCCCUGUAGCUCACCAGACUUAAGUCUGGUGGUUGAAAUAGCAGCACAAGGUUUUGGCUCCAAAGAAAAUAAAGAGUCGGACAUGUAAAUUACAAGCCAGUGUCCUUUGGAAGUUUGCCCCUCGCCUUUCCCCAUCCUCAUCUCCAGCCUCUGCACUGAAUUCUCUUCCAUAAUAAACAAUGGCUAUCCCGUUUAGCUUAUGGAAACAUAAAAAAAGAACAGAGGAAGGAAACAAAUAAUUAGAGGUUUGGUAAAUGGGUAUAAAGAAAAGAGGGGGAGAGGGAUGCACACUGCUCAUAGGCUAAGAGAUGCAUCAUAAUGAUCUCACUGUGAGACAACCAUGCAAGGAGAAGACGGGUUUAGAAAAGUAAGAAAAAUAAAUCAAUAAAUGCUACUGUGUCAUGAAGUAUGUAAAAACAAAAUGCACUCUGUAUUUUAAUGCACUGUUUAUUUUUUUUCUUACCUACUGACAAUACCAUUGGUUGAAUAGCUCAUGCCACUGCCAUGAAAACAAUAUGUUUCUGUUGUUGGUGCAAUCUUUUCUUGCUUGAUCAAAAAAGUGCAUGCUUUGAUAUAUGGAGAUGAAAACAGAUAUUGUGGUACUUAAUUGAUCUCUUGUCUGUUAAUAUUUUCAGUCUUGCUUUUUUCUUUUUCUUUUUUUUACAUGUGAUGCAAAAAGCAGCAUUCAGUUUUGUUUUCAGAGCUACAACUUGGAGAAGGAAGUGGGAGAAUAGAACAUUUUGAGGGAAGCCACUGGGAGUUUAGGACAGAGCUUUGUUUAUCCUCCGCUCUGGGGGGAGUAAAAAGGAGGGAUAGAGGUGAGGAGGGGGAAGAAGAACAGCUAGAAUAAAGCUGGAUGAAGAUCACUGCAAAUGGUCAAAGACUCCAAGGACCCUCCUCCUUCCAAUACAUGUUUGCGUGCUUGCCCACAUGCACAAAUGCACACACACACACUGGCUCGCACAUGCACACACUGCAAAAUGAGCUAUGUGUGUUUCCAGCCAGUUGAGGAAGGGGAACACAUUUCACUCAGUCAGAUCUUGCAGAUUCUCCCCCCCCCCCAGCUGUGUUCAUCCCCCAAUAACAGACACAGACCUCUCUCUCUUUUCUCUGCCUCCCCUCUCUCCCUCACUGUGCAGGGGAGGGGACUUUGAUGUCCAGUCUGAGGGACUCAGGGAGUUAUAUGAGGGUUGAGGGGUGGUUGGGGAGGGGCAGAAGCUGUGGGUAAGACCAGCCCCUGUCUGAUAUCAACAAUGCACCAACGGCUCAACAACUGCCUGAUAUGAGAAAUGGUGAACAGCUGAGACGCUUAACAAGCUCUGUUGAAGCUUGCCUUAGACAAUGCUGGCUGCAAAUCGCUAUCAAACUUAAUCCUUUUUCUCUGGCUGUCACAUCACGUGUCACAUUUUGUUUAUCCUGAGAGAAAGCACUGAUCUGAUAUAUAUAUUUUUUGAACACUGUCAUACACUGAUUGAGACAGAUGUUCAUUGCACAAACGAAUACGGUAUGGCAAUGUAAAUGUGUAAAAUAAUCUGUUGCUGUUCUGAUGUUGUUCCAAUGUAACAUACAGUAUACAGUAUAUUUGUUGAAAAAAAGAUGGUUAUCACAGACACAUUGUACUUUGUGGAUGCAAAUUGUUCCAUGCUUUCCAUGCAGAUACAGAUGCUGUUUGUUAAUUGUCUUCAGAUAUAACCAUGGGCCAAUUGCUGUGACAGCUGUAGCCAAUGUUGUAUGUUCUAAAGCACAGGGUUUAGUUAAAAAAAUAUAUAUAUACAUAUAGUGUGACAGUGCAGAUAUGCAAAAGAUUGUAAUGUUUUAUAUUAACCUUCAUAAAAUAUUAAAGUGAGUUUUUACUUUUCUAAUAAAGUGGCACAUUAUAACGUG